AUGCCCGACAUGAAUGAUGCCGAAAGUCCCCACCCAGUCGACGUUGACGGUGCCCAGGCCAGCCCAGGCGGGGUGGUGGCAAGGAAUGAACGAGCACUGACCGAAGACCAGGCUCUGGAAAGGGACGCCAUGCUGACCCACAAGGCCGCAUACAAUCUCGGCCGGGAGUAUCACGACCAGGGUAAACUGAGCGAAGCGGAGGAGCUGUACGACCGAGCGCUGGUUGGGUACGAGAAAGAACGCGGAGCGGAUAAUCUGGACACCCUCCGCGUCGUCUACGAUCUCGGCUGGGUGUAUCACGACCAGGGUAAACUGAGCGAAGCGGAGGAGCUGUACGACCGAGCGCGGGCUGGGUUCGAGACAAAAUGGGGAGUGAACAACGUAUUGACCUUCACCACCGUUAGAAGGCUCGGUGAGGUGUAUUAUACCCAAGACAAACUAGUCGAGGCGGGAAAGAUGUUCGAACGAGCGCUGGUUGGGUACGAGAAAAAAUUCGGAGCGGAUGAUCUGAUGACCCUCGCUCUCGUAUACGACCUCGGCCAGGUCUAUUAUGCCCGCGGCGAACUGGUGGAGGCGGGAAAGAUGUUUGAACGAGCGCUGGUUGGGUACGAGAAAGAACCCGGAGCGGAUGAUCUGGUGACCCUCGGCGUCGCUUACAAUCUCGGCCAGGUCUAUUAUUUCCGAGGUAAACUGGCCGAGGCGGGAAGGAUGUUUGAACGAGCGCUGGUUGGGUACGAGAAAGAACGCGGAGCGGAUGAUCUAGAGGCCCUCGCUGUCGCACGCGAUCUCGGCCAGGUGUACCACGACCAGG